UUCUCCAUCCUAGCGAUGAUGGCGUCCCGACACCCAUGAGCAAGCAGAAAAAGAGGAGGAAGAAAGAAAGGAAGAAAGAAAGAAAGCGAGGCCCCUUUCAGGAUCGCGAUGAUUAAUUUUUGCUUCGGACUUCAAUUCGUUCGUCUUUUGUUGUUGAUAUGUCUGGAUCAUUGACUUUGUAUUGGAGGUUGGGGUAAGGCGCAGGUGCCUCCAUCCAUCCGUUCAUCUAUCCGUCCAUCCAGCGCAGUGGAGGGGCCGGGCCGGCCCGAUGGCUGCUGGGGGAGGUGGAGGAGGAUGCGGGGAGUCGGUGGAUCAUUACCGGGCGGAGGUGGAGCGGCUGACCCGCGAGCUCGUGGAGGCGAACCGGGAGAAGGUCCGGGCGGCGGAGUGUGGGCUGGCGGUGCUGGAGGAGAACCAGAGCCUCAAACAGCAGUAUGCGGAGCUCGAGGCCGAGCAGGAGACCCUCCGACAGGAGCUGGAGCAGCUGCAGGAGGCCUUCAGCCAGGCGUACACCACCCAAAGGAAGGUGGCUGAAGACGGGGAGACCAAUGAGGAGACGCUGCUGCAGGAGUCGGCCACUAAGGAAGCGUACUACAUGGGCCGCCUACUUGAGCAGCAGGCCGAGCUGAAGAGCAGCAGAUCACAGGCGUCCUGCACGGAGGCCGAGAACGAAAGACUCAGCACCAUCCUACAGGAGCUGAGAGAGAGUAAUGAGAUGUUGGAGUUGCAGAGAAGCCGCAUGAGAGAGGAGAUCAGGGAGUAUAAGUUUAGAGAGGCCAGAUUACUGCAAGACUACACCGAACUGGAGGAGGAGAACAUCUCGCUACAGAAACUGGUGUCCACGCUCAAGCAGAACCAGGUGGAGUAUGAGGGCUUGAAGCAUGAAAUCAAAGUUCUGGAGGAGGAAGCAGCCCUGCUUAACAGCCAAUUAGAAGAUGCGCUGCGCCUGAAGGACAUCUCUGAGACCCAAUUGGAGGAGGCUUUGAAUUCUCUGAAAAGCGAGCGAGAACAGAAGUAUGCUCUGCGCAAGGAAUUAGCACAUCAUCUAACCGUGUGCGACGGGGGUUUCAGCUCAGGCUGUGCCCACCUGAUCGCCCUGACCUCAGCGCCACCUAGUGGCAGUGCCACCCCGACAGCCGCCACAUCGCCCAGCAGCGAAGACGGUGGCAAGUGCAACGGGCAUCUGCUUCAAGGUGCGGCGGGAUCAGUUUUGAGCCGACUGAAUGGAGACUUCAGGCCAUCGAGUUUGAGGAAGACUGAAAUUCUGACCCCUGACCUCUUUAGUGAGCUCAAUGGCCCUGAAAACCUGAAACUAAGACAACAGCUUCAGCAGGUGGAACGUGAAAAAGCGUCUUUGCUCAACAGCUUGCAGGAAUCACAGGCUUUGCUCCGUCACACACAGGGGGCGCUGACGGAGCAGCACGAGAAGGCCAGUCGCUUGGGCGAGCGUUUCCGAAAACUCCGCCACCAGCGCAGCAGCAAGGAAACCAAGGGGGAAGAGGAGGACGAAGAAGAGGAGACAACAUACGUCCCUAGCGGCCAGGAAGGGCCGAGUCUGGAAUUGCUGCAAUGUAAAUACAGGGUGGCUGUGACGGAGGUGAUCGGACUGAAGGCGGAGCUUAAGGAGGUGAAGGAUAGAUAUAAUGAGUGCGUGGAGGCAAGAGCACGGGCGGAGGAGCAGGGCAAGGCGCAGCUGCAAGCAUUGGAGAUGCAAGUGGUGCAGCUGGAGCGCAGCUGCAGGGAAAGCCGGGAGAUGGCGGUGAAUCUAGAACGCAAGCUGCGGGCAGCCAAUAACGCAGGCUUGGAGACGCAGGGAAUCCUGGGAACUGCCCAAGAAGAGCUGGCGACAUUCAGUGAGGAGUUAGCGCAACUUUACCACCACGUCUGCCUGUGCAACAAUGAGACACCAAACCGCGUUACGCUAGAAUACUACCGGCAGGGCCGAACGCCAACGCGCAUUUCCACCCCUGGCCACAAGGGGCAGGACGAUCACCGUGUGCUGUUGACCCCACGUCUCGCACGUCGUUUGGCGGCGAUUAACGCCGCAACGUCUGCCGAGUCUCGUAGCCCGUCGGACUCACCAUCCAAAGAACCUCUCACUGCUGAGCAGAGCCCAGUCCGUACGCCACUGGGUUCACCCGUCGUUAGUGCCUCUUCCUCGUCUUCAUCAUCAUCCCCAGCACCCGAGUCGGCCACGGGGUCCGACCUCCGCCGUGAACCCACCAACAUCCACCACCUCAACGCCAUCAUCCGCGACCAGAUCAAGCACUUGCAGAAGGCGGUGGACCGCUCGCUCCAGCUGUCCCGCCAGAGAGCGGCCGCUAGUGAACUCGCCCCGCUGAUGGACAAGGACAAGGAGGCCUGCAUGGAGGAGAUUCUCAAGCUCAAGUCCCUCCUGAGCACAAAAAGGGAGCAGAUCGCAACCUUGCGCCUUGUGCUCAAAGCCAACAAGCAGACGGCUGAGGGGGCUCUGGCCAACCUGAAGAGUAAAUACGAGAACGAGAAGACAAUGGUGACUGAGACCAUGAUGAAGCUGAGGAACGAGCUAAAGGCCUUGAAAGAGGACGCGGCCACCUUCUCUUCCCUCAGAGCCAUGUUCGCCACACGGUGUGAUGAGUAUGUGUCUCAGCUAGACGAGAUGCAGAGACAACUUGCGGCGGCGGAGGACGAGAAAAAGACGCUAAACUCUCUCCUCCGCAUGGCCAUCCAGCAAAAACUCGCCCUCACGCAGAAACUGGAAGACCUGGAGUUCGACCAAGAGCAGUCGCACCGGCCCCGCGUGGGAAAAACGUCCCGGCUGAGGAGAAGCACACCCAAAGUAAGUAGAACGCCAGUCCCGCCCCUUCCCGACACCCCUUUGACAAUUACCGAGGUCCUUACGGCAGCAGCCGCCAUCACCUCGCCCCCCACACCCACCCAGCUAUCCGCCCCCAACAGCCCACCCUCCCUGGAGGCCCCUUCGUCUCCCGCAUCGUCUUCCUCAUCCUCCUGGACGCCCCCAACCAUGCCGUACCGCCAUUGGACGAUGGGCGUCCGGGCGUACGUCGUCGAACCACACACUUACACCAACCUCCUGGCCCGUCGCUAUGCAAGUGAGUCGCACUAUUCCCCAGGCUCCACCCCUUCCUCGCCCUACCGCUCACCCCUAUUGGCCAGUCGCCGCUCCAUGUGGAGCUCGUCCCAAUCCCGCCCCCUUCCCAGCCACUUCCAGCGCUCUACGUCCCGCUACACGCCCCCUUCAUCCACCUACAGCCCUUUGUAUCCCAGAAACUACGGCUCCCAGCAUCCCCGCUACUGACGGGUGCCGCAGAGAGGAGGACACACACUGGUUUCUGUGUUUGAAUGUUUUGGGAAGUGUUUUGGUUUUUUUUUUUUUUUACUCAGGGAUUUAAUGGAGCACAAGUGGCCCGGCCUUCUUCAAAAGAGACUGUUGAUCAGUUCUCAGGACACUGUGUUCUCUGUCCCGAUCUGAGCGCACGGACUGUUCAAUUACACAAAUGAGGGACUUUAAAACAGAUUCAACAAGCUGUAAUGUUAACCGAAUCGGAUUUGGUCAUGAGUUGUUGGUGUGUAUGAGAGUGAAUGUGUGAUUGUCACAUGACUUGAACACUGAUAGUCAAUUAAGUGGUUGAUUUGUAACAACAAGAUUUUAUAUGAAAUGCUGAUUGCAGUAUGAGUAUCUGAGAAAGUUGGCUAUAUUUGGAAUAGAAUACAAAUGUAGUAUAUAAUGCACAUUGCAUACUGUUUUUAAAUAAUACACUGAUAAAAAAUUACUUUACUGACAGUUUACUCACCCUCAGGCCACC